AAAAAACAAAAAAACUUGUAAAUUGUUUUUUUUUUAAUUUUUCAAAGAUAUUUUUCGAUAGAGUAUAAAAAUACUCAAAAAUCUUAAAAAUUAUCAUUAUUAUUAUUACUAUAGAAAACUAGUUAGAAACUAUUGUGAAAUUUUAUAAAAUGUCAAAGAAACCCAGUAAUAAUCAAGAUGUUUCAUUAUCUUCAAAAAGUAUUCAGUUCAUAAUAGCAUUAUUUGGAAUAUCUACAUUUAUGAUACUCAACAUCACACUUAUUGUGAGACAAUUUCAUCGAGAGUCGAAAAAUUCCCCAACUUUGAUGAUAUUUCAAACUGGAAUAACUCUGCUUGGUUUCCUUAUAAUUAUAUUUCUUGUUGUAAUAAGUCAAUUGAAUAAAACGUCUGAAAUGUUAUCAGAAGAAGAGAUUGUACAUGAGUCGAUAAAUAAAGAAGCAUUGGCUCGUCAAGAAACAAAAGAUGAUACAUACAUACUAUCAGUUUAAUAUUGGAUUUAUUCAAGUAAUCUAAUGUGUUUAAUUACCUUCAAAGAAUUAAGUUUCUUAAUAACGAUUCUAGCAGUCAUAAUAUUUUCAUUUCAUUAUGGGUAGCUUACAUUCAUAGCAUGUGUGUAAUUAUCAUUAAGAUUUAUUAUAUAUUGUAUUAUUUUAAACAUACCGUAAACAAAUGAAUCAAUAAACUUUUUAAGAAUUCAUUACUAUUUUCUGCCUUUAAGUUGUAUUAUUUAACUGUCACUGGGCAAACUUACAAUAGAUCAAAACAAUAUAAUCUAUUGAUGGAGUAAUUAAUUUUUGUAGUUUUCCCCCAAAUGCCAUGAUACGGCCGAGAGUAGGGAGAAUCCGCUAUCCCUCUCGACAUGCUCUCACAUGGCCAUGCGUAU